UCACUAAAUCACCGGUGGUGACGCGCCGAGAGUCCACAGUAGUGAGUAAACUUGAAGUUAGUCUUGUGAGGAAUGUUGUUUCAGUGUAUCAGGACUACGACUGUGAUUCGGACGUUUUCUGGAUUGUAGCUGCAAGACAAUGCAGAGAUUUUACUGCAACUUCAGGCGGCGGACGGGCGCGGGCAGCGCAGUUAUCCUGUGCGCAAGUGUCAUUCUGAGUGAAUAAUCCGAAACAACUGCAGGGAUGCCUCUGAUCAGCCUGGACGACGAUGAUCAGAGAUGGGUCCCAACGCAUGUCAAUGUGACCGUCCUUCGAGCUAGGGGUCUGCGGACGAAGGGCAAGCAAGGCAGCCGCUAUGUUUACACUAUCAUGCAUGUCGGCAAGGAGAAGUACACCACCGGCCUGGUGGAGAAGGCGGAGGAGCCGCAGUGGAAUGAGGAGUGCUCGUUUGAGCUGAUGCCCGGUUUGCUGGAUGCGGGAGGGAUGAGCGCCUACCCGCCCGGGAGCAGUAACCUGGUGCUCACCGUGAUGCAUCGGGUGCUCAUCGGGCUGGACGUGUUUCUCGGUCAAACUAUCGUUCCCCUGGACAAAGUUUUUCAGGAUGGAAUGUGUCCUAGAAAUGAGUGGCUCAAGUUGCGUUCCAAGGUUGGUCGAAAAGAGAAGGAGCGGGGUGAGCUGCAGGUGACUGUCCUGUUCACACGUAACAACAUGACUGCCAGUAUGUAUGAUCUGACAGUAAAGGACAAGCCUCGUUCCGCUUUUGGGAAGCUGAAGGACCGCGUCACAGGCAGGAAGAGAGGGGAUGUGGAAUCCUCCUCCGCCAUUUUACCUGGCCGCUAUGCCGCCCUGUCGGGAUCUGUAGGUCCGCCCUUUGCGGGAGAUGUAGGACCAGAUGAACCGCGUGAGGAAGUGGGAGUUGAUGAACACAGGAGCAAGGUGAAAGAUUUCUUUCUGAAAGGAAAACUGCGUAAGAAUUCAGACACACGAUCCUGUUCGUCAUUGGCAUCAGACAGUAGCAUAGCAUCAUCUACCGGUGAGCCGUUUGUCCCGAUAGAGCUGUCCAGAACUCCCAUCUACAGCCCCAGAUUGAUGGAGCCCUACCGCAUGGACAGUGAAGGAGCGAUUAAAGAUCCUAAAGUGAUGACCCACAAGCGUGCACACAGCGAUGAAGCCAGUAAGAUCACAGGUGUUCCUUGGCCUAGCACUGUUGUGGAAACUCUAAAAGGCCAGAGCAUGGCACUUUCCAAAUCCACCCUCUGCGUCAAUGGUAGCCAUAUCUACUCAUCUGAGCCUGUUAGCCCCAAAAGUCCAGGCAACAUCCCAGCCAAGCGCUCCCUUCUGGAGAAAUGUGCACCCCUCUCUCGCUCUCUCCAGAACCUCACCAGACGUGGUGAGGACUUACAGAAGAGUGAUGGGAGACGCUGGUCCAUUGAAAAGGGUAAGAAGGAGGAUGGGGUGGUAGAUGAAGCUAGAAGCCAGACCCAAGGGGCUACCAUGUCAGAGGGAAAGCCAGUGCAGGCCACGGGAACUCAGGCAGUGUCUUCUGGGGUUAUGGAAGUGGUGGAUAAAGGAAAAAAGCUGAGGAAAACUCUUUUUUCUAGUGAAAGGAGCGACUCUCCCCCAGCCAAGCCAGAGCAGAGCCAGGUUUCUUCUUCGCUUGAGGGCAGACGGAGAGGUUGGUUUGGCUCCGGUGACUCCCAGAACAAGCCAAGGCUGGGAGUCUCUCCUAAGGUAGAGAGCAGCUCAGACACCCACUCUCCCCACCUCCCUUGCUUGCCCAAUCAGCCCCCAAGUUCUCUCCCCCUUGCUUGCACUACUGCCUCUGUGUCUCCACCUAGUGGUAAUCACACCAACCCAUUCACCCAUCCAUCUCCAUCCCAAGCACCCCCUUCCAUAUCUCCCUCCAAUCCCUUUCUCACACGACUACAGCAAAACCCAUUUUUUGAUGAUCUUGUAGCUGAGGAAAUGCUGAAGUCUCCCACUGUUGGUUAUCAUUACUCUACAAUCCCUGUUGGACCUGGCCUCCCCAGCCCCCUCUGUAAUGAACUGCAGAACAGAAUGUCCGCAGUAAAGCUAGAGAGACCCAGGAGUAUGGCCAGGCAGAGAUCACUCCCCGCUAUCAUGCCCAAGACACCAGGCACGCCCACCAAUAUCUCAAACACUCAUCCAAACAACUAUCUGUGUGAGAGGGCUGGGGAAUGGGAUGAUUUUGAGGCAUUUGCCACUAGCCGGCUAAAAUCACCAGUGGGAAUUCCAACUAGACCGCCGUCAGCACCGUUUCUCUCACAGGUACCAAACACAAACCAGAUGGUGUAUGAAAGUCAUAAACCAAACAUUGGUUUGAGAGUUGAUGAAGUUGAUAUGGCUGUUCCAAAGCCAUGGGAUCCCCCUUCUCUCCCACCACGAAGAUCCACGAGGACCCAAUAUCCAGCCUGGGAGAGGUGCUCUGACACCUGGUUGGAUCGAGCCCAAGAGCUGGCUGUGCAGAAAGAAGCUUGCUACCUCUCUCAGACAGACUUUGCCUCCAUGCAGCAUGUGAGAGAAGGUGACAUGAAGAUGAACUCUCUAGUUUUAUGUUCAGAUAAAGAGCCUUUUACAGACUUGCAAAACAUGACUUCAGUAGGAUACAACAAGAAGUGUCUUUCAGUGGAAACAGAUUUGAAGAGUGGACUGGAUGGAUUGAAAGUUGGGGAAGAAAUAAUUUUGCCAAAAAGAGCUUGUCCUAAUUUGACCGGACCCAUGUUCGAUACGAACAACAUACCUUACAUUUCUCCGAAUGGUUUUGGUGAGGACACAGUUGGAAGUUCCUUCCAUUCUGAAUGUGAGUACACAGUACCUGAAACAAUGUGCUUCCCUUCUGACUGGGAGACCACAGUGACUGAAUCGCUUUCCAGCUCCCCUCAGAACCAACCAAAACAUGAUCUGGACACAUCCUGUGAAAUAGAUCCAAAGCAAAAGGCCUCCUCUGAGCAACAACUCAAUACUAAAACUAGCAAUGACAUUGGCUUGUUUACCCUCUCCCCAAGAGAUUCAAACAACAAUACAAAUUCUGUAGAAUUUGCUUUCAUUGAUUCUGAAAGUUCAACAUCGGAAAUGCAACCACAAUUUCAGAUUAACAAAGACAGUGUUAAAGCAUUAAAACAGCAUCAAAACAGUUUUUCAAAUGUGGACUCUGGGAAUGGUGUGACUCUACACAGGUACUCACCAGGAUUACCUGAGGAUUUAAUGUGCAAAAUGGCAUCUGAGUUGGAGAUGUUCUCACCAAAGAAUGCUUGUAUCAGUUACACCAAUAAAGAUAUCACAUUUAAUGUUUCUGACUCACCAGACCUUAACAAUUUGGAUUGCUCAUCACCUUAUGAGAGAUCUUAUGAAGGACUGGGAGAACAGGAAGUUAACUCGUGUGAACACACAGAGCAUUGCAACACCACUUCAAAGUUAUACUGUGAGUCUCUUAACAAAGAGAUCUCUGUGAUCACGCAAACAUUUAUCAAUAGCAACACUGUAACAAAUCAAAUCAAACCAGAGGCAGCAGAGGACAAUGGCAUCUUACAAGCUACACAUGAUGAUGGAGACAUCCUGUCCAGUAAACAGACUUUAAAGGAGCAUAAUGUUCAUUCAGAAGAAUCUGAAGACAUUAUCCUGACCGCAGAAGUUUGCUUCUCAAAGACACUUGAGAAGUUUGAGGAGUCUUUGACUCAGGACAAACAAAUCAGCUUUGAGGACUUGCACGCUAGGGUAGCUCCAAGAAGUUCCAGAUCCCCUUAUAAAACUGGUGUGAUAUCAGCUCGUAUUAGUCCACGCUCAACCACAAGUUCAUCCAAAACGGUCUUCAGCGCUGAGUUGCUCCCAGGCUCUCCUAAUCCUCAAUCGUGUUUAACAUCGGACCUCAGUUUGCAUGAUCUUUCCCCUUCACCCUCUCCAUUAGCUGGCACAAAUGCCUGCCUCCACCCUGACCCUUCCCUUACUAUGAAUACGCCAAAAGAGAGGCCCAGCAUGGGUUCCACCUCAUCCACAGCCCAGCCCCAGGUUGAUACAAGGCUCCCCCUCUCACCUGAGGAGACACAGCCAGCCAACGUCCUCCUGCCCCACGAGGAGAGCAGCCCUCACCUAGUGAAGCCCUUGACCAAUACAACUGUACAGGGAGAGAAGAAACCAGAAAGCCGCUCUGUACUGGAGAAACUGAAGUCCACCAUCAACCCAGGACGAUCUGUGCCUCCGACGACUGCAGAGGAUGAGAAAAAUCAGUUGGCUCUUAUGGAGGCCCGGGCUCAGUACCAGAACAUGACCAACAUGGAGCUGAUAGCUCUGCUGCUGCAGCAGGAAAUUGAUUUUAAAAAGCAGUGUGCUGAAACUGAGGUGCAGGUGGCCUUGCUGGAGAAACGGGAGGCUGAACUGAAGAAAAUGAAAGUUCAGGUCCGAGAUCUGGAGGACUACAUCGACAAGCUGCUGGUUCGCAUCAUGGAACAAACACCCACCCUGCUGCAGGUACGAGCCAGACCGAAAUGACCAGGGUGACCCGUUCCAUCAGAAGGCACCUCAUACUGACCUAUAGCCAUUUGUGAUGCUCCAUUAAAUGCCAAAACUGCCAGACUCAUGUAGACACGAUAAAGCUUUGCAUGCUUCUUACUGGACGUCCAAGUCCGCAAUCAUUUGUUAAUUCUCCAAAAGGCAGUGGAAAGUUAGAAAUAAAAUAUGCAACUAGAUUUCAUGUAGAUGUAAAUAUUCAUGGAUCUACACAAAUAUGUCUUCCUGUUCAUAAAUAUUAAAUUUCAUAAAGGGAAAUUUCUGGGAUCUUUACUUACUCUACUAAUGGAUCAGUGUACCAGAAUAUCUUUAAAUUUUCAAAAAACCCAGAUAUGCAAGCCAAAGGACUGCCUAUAAAUCUGACUUCUAUAGAUGACACUUUAACACUUGAAACUUCUGUCUUUGUAAUUGGAAGUAAAGUAUUUGGAACAAAAUCAUAAAAUAAAGGCCAAAAAUCUCAGAAACUUCUGAUCUAAUCAUCAUUUCUCCAAUUUGAUUAUGAUUCAAUCUGAAUCAUACAGAAUACAUAUCCAUAUCUCUUGCAAUUAUCGUUUAAAAUUGAUUGCAUAAAGUAAUAUAUCUGGUGUUAGAAUUCAUCUAAAUACUUAACACUGUUGAAAUCCUGAAGAUUUCAAAGAUUUGAAAACAUGAGUAAUAUUUAAUACAUAAUAUGUAACACACCUUGUGAUGUAAAAAAUUGCUUUCGAUAAUAUUCUUCUGUAAUUGUAAAUAAAUAUCUUAAUUCUUGAUAGCUUUCAAAAGCACCUUAAUGUGCAUAAUGCACCCUUGUGCUUGAGCUAGUCAGCUUCAAUGCCACAUUGAAAUCACUGAUAUCAGCGCAUGCUCACUUCCAUCAAGCUCUCGCACAAAAGCAGAGAUUGCCUCUAAGAACAUGUUAGCUAUGCAAAAACACAACUUGCUAGCUGUUAAGUUAAUAUAUGCUACACAAUUUUAGGAAUGGCGCCUUUGCACUGCUGCAUACUUAAAUCAUUGCUGAAGUAGCAAAUUUAGCAAUAUGCAAAUGCCAUUUAAACCACAAAGGCUUUUUUUAUUUAUAUUAAAUAAAGAUCUAUUGUUUAUGUUUUUCUGAAAUGUAACUACCUUGUGUUAGUGUGGCUUUAUGGUUUUCUCUGUUCUGUUCAUUCUGACAGUGUAUUUGUUUUUUAAAUUGUGAUUGUCUUUCUUUCUUUUUUUGGUUGAUAUUUACUUCAGUUUAUUCUGUGAGGUUCUGUCAUAACAGAACACCAUUUUUGUGCAUCAAGGUUGGAAAGUACAGGGCUGCAGUUAAAAUUGUGGACUUACUGCAUCAAAAGAGACUGUGUUUAAUGUAUUUGACCCCAAAAUGGACUCUGAAUCAAAAUUCCAAAUUUGCUGUGUUUUAAAGCAAACAUUGAGUUUGUGUUCCAGGAGAGAACCAUGUAGCACUGUGAUUCUAGAUUAUGUUGUUUAUUCCUUUUAAUCACCUUUUUGCAACAUGCCUCUGUGAAUUUAUUCACAUUUGUAAUUUCUUAUUCUGUUUUAUUUAUUGCUAAAUAUUUCAA